AAGCUUUGGUGCAGAUCUCACAGGCGAACGGGCGCUCUGCUGAAUGAAGCUUCUCGUGUUUCCUGAAGACAGAACGAUCAGGUGUGUUGGUGUGUUAGUCAGGUGUGUUAGUGUGUUGGUCAGGUGUGUUAGUGUGUUGGUCAGGUGUGUUAAUGUGUUGGUCAGGUGUGUUAGUGUGUUGGUCAGGUGUGUUGGUGUGUUAGUCAGGUGUGUUAAUGUGUUGGUCAGGUGUGUUAGUGUGUUGGUCAGGUGUGUUGGUGUGUUAGUCAGGUGUGUUAAUGUGUUAGUCAGGUGUGUUAAUGUGUUGGUCAGGUGUGUUAAUGUGUUAGUCAGGUAUGUUAAUGUGUUGGUCAGGUGUGUUGGUGUGUUAGUCAGGUGUGUUAAUGUGUUGGUCAGGUGUGUUAGUGUGUUGGUCAGGUGUGUUGGUGUGUUAGUCAGGUGUGUUAAUGUGUUGGUCAGGUGUGUUAGUGUGUUGGUCAGGUGUGUUGGUGUGUUGGUCAGGUGUGUUGGUGUGUUAGUCAGGUGUGUUAAUGUGUUGGUCAGGUGUGUUAGUGUGUUGGUCAGGUGUGUUGGAGUGUUAAUCAGGUGUGUUGGAGUGUUGGUCAGGUGUGUUGGUGUGUUAGUCAGGUGUGUUAAUGUGUUGGUCAGGUGUGUUGGUGUGUUAGUCAGGUGUGUUGGAGUGUUAGUCAGGUGUGUUGGUGUGUUAGUCAGGUGUGUUGGUGUGUUAGUCAGGUGCGUUGGUGUGUUGGUCAGGUGUGUUAGUGUGUUAGUCAGGUGUGUUGGUGUGUUAGUCAGGUGUGUUAAUGUGUUGGUCAGGUGCGUUAGUGUGUUAGGUGUGUUGGUCAGGUGUGUUGGAGUGUUAGUCAGGUGUGUUGGUGUGUUAGUCAGGUGCGUUAAUGUGUUGGUCAGGUGCGUUAAUGUGUUAGUCAGGUGCUUUAAUGUGUUGGUCAGGUGUGUUAGUGUGUUGGUCAGGUGUGUUAAUGUGUUGGUCAGGUGUGUUGGUGUGUUGGUCAGGUGUGUUGGUCAGGUGUGUUAGUGUGUUGGUCAGGUGUGUUGGUGUGUUAGUCAGGUGUGUUAGUGUGUUGGUCAGGUGUGUUAGUGUGUUGGUCAGGUGUGUUGGUGUGUUAGUCAGGUGUGUUAAUGUGUUAGUCAGGUGUGUUAAUGUGUUGGUCAGGUGUGUUGGUGUGUUGGUCAGGUGUGUUAGUCAGUUAUGUUAAUGUGUUAGUCAGGUGUGUUAAUGUGUUAGUCAGGUAUGUUAAUGUGUUGGUCAGGUGUGUUAGUGUGUUGGUCAGGUGUGUUAGUCAGGUGUGUUAAUGUGUUAGUCAGUUAUGUUAAUGUGUUAGUCAGGUGUGUUAGUGUGUUGGUCAGGUGUGUUAGUCAGGUGUGUUAAUGUGUUGGUCAGGUGUGUUAGUCAGGUGUGUUGGUCAGGUGUGUUGGAGUGUUGGUCAGGUGUGUUGGUCAGGUGUGUUGGUGUGUUAGUCAGGUGUGUUAGUGUGUUGGUCAGGUGUGUUAGUGUGUUGGUCAGGUGUGUUGGUGUGUUAGUCAGGUGUGUUGGUGUGUUAGUCAGGUGUGUUAAUGUGUUAGUCAGGUGUGUUGGUCAGGUGUGUUAGUCAGGUGUGUUAAUGUGUUGGUCAGGUGUGUUAGUGUGUUGGUCAGGUGUGUUGGAGUGUUAAUCAGGUGUGUUGGAGUGUUGGUCAGGUGUGUUGGUGUGUUAGUCAGGUGUGUUAAUGUGUUGGUCAGGUGUGUUAGUGUGUUAGUCAGGUGUGUUGGAGUGUUAGUCAGGUGUGUUGGUGUGUUAGUCAGGUGCGUUAGUGUGUUAGUCAGGUGUGUUGGUGUGUUAGUCAGGUGUGUUAAUGUGUUGGUCAGGUGCGUUAAUGUGUUGGUCAGGUGUGUUAGUGUGUUAGUCAGGUGUGUUGGUGUGUUAGUCAGGUGUGUUAAUGUGUUGGUCAGGUGUGUUGGUGUGUUAGUCAGGUGCGUUAGUGUGUUAGUCAGGUGUGUUAGUGUGUUAGUCAGGUGUGUUAGUGUGUUCGUCAGGUGUGUUAAUGUGUUGGUCAGGUGUGUUGGUGUGUUAGUCAGGUGUGUUGGUGUGUUAGUCAGGUGUGUUAAUGUGUUGGUCAGGUGCGUUAAUGUGUUGGUCAGGUGUGUUAGUGUGUUAGUCAGGUGUGUUAGUGUGUUAGUCAGGUGUGUUAAUGUGUUGGUCAGGUGUGUUAGUGUGUUAGUCAGGUGUGUUGGUGUGUUAGUCAGGUGUGUUAAUGUGUUGGUCAGGUGCGUUAGUGUGUUAGGUGUGUUGGUGUGUUGGUCAGGUGUGUUGGAGUGUUAGUCAGGUGUGUUGGUGUGUUGGUCAGGUGCGUUAGUGUGUUGGUCAGGUGCGUUAGUGUGUUAGUCAGGUGUGUUAGUGUGUUAGUCAGGUGUGUUAGUGUGUUAGUCAGGUGUGUUAAUGUGUUGGUCAGGUGCGUUAGUGUGUUAGGUGUGUUGGUGUGUUGGUCAGGUGUGUUGGAGUGUUAGUCAGGUGUGUUGGUCAGGUGCGUUAAUGUGUUAGUCAGGUGCUUUAAUGUGUUGGUCAGGUGUGUUAGUGUGUUGGUCAGGUGCGUUAAUGUGUUGGUCAGGUGCGUUAGUGUGUUAGGUGUGUUGGUGUGUUGGUCAGGUGUGUUGGAGUGUUAGUCAGGUGCUUUAAUGUGUUGGUCAGGUGUGUUAAUGUGUUGGUCAGGUGCGUUAGUGUGUUAGGUGUGUUGGUGUGUUGGUCAGGUGUGUUGGAGUGUUAGUCAGGUGUGUUGGUGUGUUGGUCAGGUGCGUUAAUGUGUUGGUCAGGUGCGUUAGUGUGUUAGUCAGGUGCGUUAAUGUGUUGGUCAGGUGUGUUAGUGUGUUAGUCAGGUGCGUUUGUGUGUUGGUCAGGUGUGUUCGUAUGUUAGUCAGGUGUGUUAAUGUUUUGGUCAGGUGUGUUCGUAUGUUAGUCAGGUGUGUUAAUGUGUUGGUCAGGUGCGUUAGUGUGUUAGUCAGGUGCUUUAAUGUGUUGGUCAGGUGUGUUAGUGUGUUAGUCAGGUGCGUUUGUGUGUUGGUCAGGUGUGUUCGUAUGUUAGUCAGGUGUGUUAAUGUGUUGGUCAGGUGUGUUGACCAUGUUGACCAGA